AUGGACUAUGAUGAUGAGGAUAUGCUUGACCGUGAGCAAGAUGAGGGCGAGCAACAGGCCGAGGAAAGUGAUUCUAACGAAGAUAUCAUCUGUGUGGUAGAACCUCCUGCUGUCAUUGAGAAAGAAAAAGCCCAGCCUGAGAGCUAUGAAACAGACCUUGAAAUCGAAGCUGACUCGGAGAAGCUUUUCACCACAGGACAGGAAGAUCUAUACCUAGAAGCCUGCAAGCUGGUAGGCGUGAUUCCUGUGUCUUACUUCAUCAGAAACAUGGAAGAAACCCACAUGAACCUCAAUCAUCACGGGCUGGGGCCCAAGGGCACCAAAGCCAUCGCCAUUGCCUUAGUGUCCAACACAACUAUCACCCGCCUGGAGUUAGAAGACAAUUGGAUCCUGGAAGAAGGUGUCUUGUCCCUGAUGCAGAUGCUGCAUGAGAACUACUAUAUUCAAGAACUGAAUGUCUCCAACAAUCACUUGGAUUCUCCAGGGGCCAAAAUUAUCACAGAUUUUCUCUUAGAAAAUACUUCUUCACUCUCGUCAAUUCAACUUGCAGGGAAUAACUUCAAAGACGAAACAGCCCAGAUGUUCUGCAAUGCACUUACGUCCAAUUACCGAAUCAAGGUCCUGGACCUCAGCCACAAUGCAUUUUCUGAGAAGGGAGGAGAGCAGUUGGGACAUAUGCUAGUCCUCAAUGAAGGAUUGCAGACAUUGAACCUCAGCUGGAACCAACUACACUUGAAGGGGGCUGUGUCAUUGUGUAACAGUCUCCGGCUCAAUAUUACACUGAAGACUUUGGACGUUUCUUGGAACGGCUUUGGUAAUGAAGGCGCUCAGGCCCUGGGGGAUGCACUCAGAGUCAACUCUACUCUGGCCUAUCUGAAUAUCAGCAGCAACCACCUGAACAAUGAAGGGGCCAUCAAGUUGGGCAGGGGACUAGAGUUCAAUGAAACCCUCAGAAUUUUAAAGAUGUCCCAAAAUCCUGUGACUGUGGAAGGGGCACUGUCACUUGUCUUGUCUGUCAAGAGGAACCCCAAAAGCAGAUUGGAGGAGAUCGACAUCUCAAAUGUGUUGGUGACUGAAGGAUUUGUGAAACAGCUAGACGGAGUCUUCUUUGUUCAUCCUGAGCUAGAUGUGAUCUAUGGUGAAGUGGUAGGCACUAUCAGCAAGUCAGUUAUGUCACCAGUUGCUUUAAAGGUGAUAAAGGCUUUCGUGGAAAAGAGGAAAACCACAGUCUUUGAUUUCUUGAAAACCAUAGAUCAUCUUGGAACUACGAAGAUGCCUGUGGCAGAGUUUCGGAAAGCCCUGACAAUGCAAACGAAGAUUCCUUUGAACAGAAUACAAAUCAGAGAAUUAAUCAAGAAACUAGACCCGUAUCAAACAGGGAUCAUAGACUACAGGUAA